CUGCAGUUUUCAGAACAGUGGUAGUUGGGCCUUUGAGAUAAUCGCUAAGCUUUUGGUUACAAUUUAACAACUUUUGAAAAUUAGAUGUUUAAAAUUUAGCAAAUCAGUGGCAAUAUAAGACAAAGGUCUUUUUAAAUAUUUCGAAAGUGAGUUUAUGUUUAUUUGAGGUUUGUCAGCUAUCUUGACCCUUGGAAGUAUUUAUGUUAUAUUGGCAUGCACCAUAUUCGUUUAAAAUGAAUCGCAGCCCGUUCAUUUUAGAUGGUGGUCUAGCAACAGAACUGGAAGCAAGUGGAUUUCAAAUACAGGGAGAUCCACUGUGGAGUGCAAGACUCCUUCAUACAAACCCAAAGGCCAUUAAGGAUGCACAUUCCAGAUUUCUUCAAAGUGGUUCUGAUGUUAUAACAACAGCCACAUAUCAGGCCAGCAUUGAGGGAUUUGUGAAACAUCUUGGUCUCCGGCCUGAGGAGGCACAGCAGCUGAUCAUGUCAGGGGUUCAACUGGCAAAAGAGACAGUGCAGGAGUUCAAGUCUCACACAUCCGUAUCAGAAGACAGAAGAGAGCCUUUGGUUGCAGGUUCAGUGGGUCCAUAUGGGGCAUUCCUACAUGAUGGGUCUGAGUAUACAGGGGCCUAUGAGGACAGGAUGACAAUGGAGGAGUUGAAAGACUGGCAUCGUCCACAGAUCCAGUGCUUAGUAAAGGCUGGAGCUGAUCUUGUUGCCAUGGAGACCAUUCCAGGUCUCAAAGAGGCUGAGGCUUUGGUGGAAGUACUCAAAGAAUUUCCUGAAACUAAAGCCUUGCUUUCCUUUUCCUGUAAGGAUAGUCAUAAUAUUUCAAGUGGGAGAAGAUUUUCUGAAGCAGUUCAGGUGGCUUGUAAGUCCACACAGCUGGUUGCUGUAGGGGUGAACUGUUGUCCUCCUCAUCUGGUCACACCUCUUCUAGAAUCAGCUAAAUCACACAAGAAAGCAGAUUUGAGCUGGGUAGUCUACCCUAAUAGUGGAGAGGGCUGGGAUCUCCAGACAGGAUGGAAAAUGGAGAAAAGGACAUCAUUUGCCAAAUUAAGCAUUGACUGGAAAGAACAAGGGGCUUUGUGGAUUGGUGGCUGCUGCCGUGUUAGUCCUGCUGAUAUAACUGAGCUGAAACAACUAUUAUAUGUGAAACCAUGAUUCAUGAAACGGCAUGACUUUAUUCACAUCUAGUUGUUUCUGAAAUAAUGCACUGAUGUGUAAGAAGGUGUAUAAAU